AGGUUCCACAGCACCUGACCCACCCACUCACCAGCACCACCACCGCCCCAGGGUGUUUGUCCUGAGAGCUGGGAGCAGACAAGGAGACACGGUUGUGAAGCCAGGACUGACGGAGGAGGAGCGACCGCCGAGGCACUGUGUGGGACAAAAGGAUAGCAGAACAAAGGCAAACCGAACAGGAGGAGGAAACGCACAGCCAGAAGGAGCUGUUAGCAGGUGGAGUGCUGACAUUUAACUGAAGAUGAGUACGUACACAGUGACUCUGAAUGGUCCUGCUCCAUGGGGCUUCAGACUACAGGGAGGAAAGGACUUCAAUAUGCCGCUCACUAUCUCCAGGAUAACUCCGGGCAGUAAGGCAGCAGGCGGCAGCCUGGCCCAGGGUGACAUCAUCUCAGCCAUCGAUGGAGCCAACACCGAUGGGAUGACACACCUGGAGGCCCAGAACAAGAUUAAGUCUGCCAUCCACAAACUGUCACUCACAAUGCAGAAAUCAAGGCGUCCUGCUCCAGUUCCCACAGCAACUCCAAGAAUGGACUCACCCAUGCCAGUUAUCCCACACCAGAAGGUCAUCGCAAACACAGCUGCAAAUGUGGAGUAUACUCCCAGCUUUAACCCCAUAGCUUUGAAGGACUCAGCCCUGUCCACCCACAAGCCCAUAGAGGUGAGGGGUCCAGGAGGAAAGGCCACUAUCGUUCACGCUCAGUACAACACACCAAUCAGCAUGUACUCACAGGACGCCAUCAUGGACGCCAUUGCAGGACAGUCACAGGCCAAGGGACACGACAGUGAGGAGGCGGGCUCUCCCUUGGCUGGAGCUCUGCCCAUUAAGGAGCCUGUGGUAGACUGUGCGUCUCCGGUGUACCAAGCCGUGAUCAGGCCAGGAGAGACAACCCAGGACAUGUCCGAGUGGGCUCGCCGUGCUGCUAAUUUACAGUCUAAAAGCUUCAGGAUCCUGGCCCACAUCACUGGCACUGAAUACCUGCAAGAUCCAGAUGAGGAAGCGUUGCAGAAAGCAAGAGAGAAGUUCGAGUCAGAGGUAAAAGGUCCCCGCUUUGCCAAGCUGAAGAACUGGCACCACGGAUUGUCUGCGCAGAUCCUCAAUGUCCAGGAAUAAAGAGGCAAAGAAAAUACAAAGAGAGCAAGAGUGGAGGAGGACAUAUAAACAUGGUCAAAAACAUAUGAGUUAACAGGAAGAGGGAAUAAAUUAUGGAGAGAAAAAUGAGCAGGAGGAGGACGACACUCCUCAGGAAUGUGAGAUAGUUGUAGCCUACAAUAGUAGAAUGUGAGAUACAAGUUAGUGUGAGAAUGCUAUGUGUUUAUAAGCUCAAAUGUUAAAUAUAUCUGUCCGCUGCUAAAACCUGAUCUCACAUUUGGGUUCUUUUGUUUUUGUUUUUUUUUCUGAUUAUGUGUUCAGUGUCUCUUAAAUGAAAGGGAAGUUGUACAAAAAAUAAGUAUACAAGUGAAAUUAUGUUUCUUUUAUGCCCCAGAACAUGACCUGCAUACACAAAUAUAUGGAUUUCAACACAAUGCGCAUGUUUGUCAGAUGCAAAAGUGUUAGAAAUACACACAAAGAUACAUGAAUAAGAGCAGUAUGUAAAGAAUGCACUCAAAAAUGUACUGAUAUCAAUGUGAAUAAAUGUUUUCUUAAAUCUC